UUUGCAGACACAAAGGCAUCAUUGACCCGUUUCCAAGCACAGCAAACCCCAGUGCUCCGUUACUGAACACUCACAAUGAUAGAGGCAUGGAGUUUCUUCACAUCUUUAGGUUUUCUUUCUCUUUUUCUUGCUCUCAAGACGCCCGUUGCACUUUCGGCACCUGAUUUAUCUCUGUAUCUCCACAGUAUUCUGAAGAACCACACGGCUCACGCUUGUGAGGGAGACCUGCUCGUCAUCAAAUGUCCCUCCAGGACAUCCGUAGCCGUCCUAUCGGCCUUCUAUGGAAGACGUGUCCCUUAUAAACACUUAUGCUCUGCACCAAACACAAACAUCACAGCAGAGGAGGAGGACACAGAUUGUACUUCCUCCACCGCUUUAGAGAAGGUGCAGUCGGAGUGUCAGGACGAGCGGUCAUGUCACAUUCCCGUCCUCGCUCCUGUGUUUGGACCGGAUCCCUGUCCACUCACCACCAAGUACCUCUUGGUGUCCUACAAGUGCAAACCAGAACACCAUCACACAAGACUUGUGUGUGAAAACGAGCGUCUGAGGCUGUUGUGUAAAAACGAGUCUGUCCUCGCCAUCUACUCUGCUACGUUUGGACACCUGCUUCAUGGAAGUCCCAACUGUCCUGAGGAGCCAGGAUCAAAAUCCGACAUGGAGUGUUUGUCAGCUGUGGCUCUGAGGAAGGUUUCCCGCAGGUGUCACGGCAGAGAAAACUGUUCAAUCUUUGCAGAUACUCAAACCUUUGGGGACCCUUGCUUCCCCGGCACCAGGAAACACCUGCGAGUCUCCUUCACUUGUGUGCCCAGAUAUCUUCUUGAAGAUGUGGGUCGAGGGUCGACUGAUCCCUUCAUGAUUUCAGACCUCACACACGGUGGAUGGUACACUGGCCCCACCUACAGGCCGCAAAAUGUGCUCUUUACCAACUGUCUGGAGAUCAUUGAAAAACUAUUGGGUUUCCCAGAGAGAGUGGCUCUGUACUUUGUCUCUGGUAUUUGUGCCGGUCUGGUGUUCCUGCUCUGUCUGUUCGGGCUUCGCUCCACACUGGUGAGAGACGUUAAAGAUCUCGUUUCUGACCUGAACUAUCAGCUGAAAGCCUCUCGCAGGCAUCGCAAGGAGCUCAUGGACGACCUCUUUGACGAAAAUGUCUCAGACACUUCCUCCUUCCGCCACCUCACGCAGUCGUACCGCGCAACGGAGACGUUCAGCCCGUCCACCUUGUCAGUGGAACUGGUUGAGCGAGAAGUGCAGCAGACCAGAGCUCAUCCCAACGGAGACAUCUGGCCACAGCUGGACUCUAGUCCUUACGCCAUUCACAAGAUUAAAACGUACAGCAACUGAUUAAAAUCUGACAGAAACAAAAAGGAACUUUCAUUUGCUGAGUGUCAUUAAUGUAGCAAAGUUUAGUGGGAUUGGUGCACUUAAAAUUAAAACUGACCACAUGUUCUUUUAAUUAAUAAUAUCCUCAUAGGAAAAUCUUCCACCACUUUAACUGUUUUUAUUAAACUGGUUUGUCUGAUGUAUGAAAAAUAUGAAAUGAACACAAUGUAAAAAUAUUAAAACUAAUAAAAACUUAUUGGUACUCCAUACAGUGAUGUA